GUGGCUGCCUCCAGGCUACAUUGUGACCCCGGGAUUAAUCUGCUGCUGCUGUUUCUCCCCAGCGGGCUGUGUGCGGGGAGAGCCCUACCCUAGCGCCCCUCUGUGCCCAGCCGGGGGGGACUUUCUCCGGGGGCUGGAGGCAGCCCCGGGCUCUGCCGACACCAGCCCCUGAGCCGGAGCCUGCAGGUGAGGGGAAAGACCCCGGGGGAAAGGGCUGGGGCCGGGCAGGAAAGUGACUCUGCACCAACGGCCCCUCCUCGCCCCAGCUUUGCUCCCGGGGGGUGGAGGUCUGCGAGUACCAGAGCUGCUGCCCACCCUGACCCCCCUGGCUCUGAUUCCCUGCGCGCCUGCAGGAGCCGAGCCAGCUCCGGGAGAGCGAACGCCCCAGGAACGGAGAAAUAACUAAGCUGGAAUCAUACAGGAUUACAGCCAGGGUAUGUAGUGAGUUGCCAUCAGAAGCAGAGCAAUCUGAGCCAGAAUUGCAAGAUGAGGUUGUGUCAUUUCCUUGAGAGAUGGGGAAAGAAAAGGGCUGGAGUGGAGCUGGUGACCUUUGAGGAUGUGGCUGUGUAUUUCACAAAGGAAGAGUGGGCUUUGCUGGACCUGGGUCAGAGAGCCCUCUACAGGGAUGUCAUGCAGGAGAAUUAUGAGACUGUGACCUCACUGGCAAAACCUGACAUGAUCUCCCAGCUGGAACAAGGGGAGGAGCCGUGGGUCCCUGAGCUCCAGGGCUACAAGGAAGGGGAGAUCCUGAGGAAUGGCCACACAGAAGGUGAUGGCAUGAUGAGUGAGAAUGAGGAGGAGAAUCCUCAGCAGGAAGAUCCUGAGCAAGUUGAUCUACAUGGGAAGGUAUCUGGAAGAGCUGAAAAGGAGGUUUCCCAGAAUCCUGAGGAGCCAGAUAUCCGUGAGAGGCAGCACAGGCCAGAGAGGCAGCAGGAAGACCACUCAGGGGAGAGACAGGCUAAAUCUACUCUCAGAAGCAAACGGGUCAAGAAAAUCAAAGGAACUGUUGAACAGAGAAACUCCACUAUAGAGAGACCCUACACUUGUGGGGAUUGUGGGAAAAGCUUCCCUUGGAAAUCAGUCCUUAUUAUUCACCAGAGAAUCCACACAGGAGAGAGACCCUAUAAGUGUCUGCACUGUGGGAUAAGCUUCAUACAGAGUUCAGCCCUUAUUACACAUCAUACAAUCCACACAGGAGAGAAGCCCUAUAAUUGCCCUGACUGUGGGAAAAGCUUCAAUUGCAGCUCAACCCUUAUUCAACAUCAUAGAAUCCACACGGGAGAGAAACCCUACAAAUGCAGUGAGUGCGGGAAAAGAUUCAGUGUGAGUUCUCACUUUCUGUCACAUCAGAGAACCCACACAGGAGAGAGACCCUAUGAAUGCUCCAAGUGCAGGAGGAGUUUCAGUCAAAGUUCACAGCUUCUAUCACAUCAAAGAACCCACACAGGAGACAGACCCUAUGAGUGCCCUGUGUGUGGAAAAAACUUCAGUAGGAGCUCAACUCUUAUUACUCAUCAGAGAAUCCACACAGGAGAGAGACCCUACAAAUGCAAUGAGUGUGGGAAAAGCUUCAGUGUGAGCUCACACCUCCUAUCGCAUCAGAGAACCCACACAGGAGAGAGACCCUAUGAAUGCCUCCAGUGUGGGAAAAGCUUCAGUCAGAGCUCACACCUUAUUAGACAUCAGAGAAUCCACACAGGAGAGAAACCUUAUAAUUGCCUGAAUUGCGGGAAACGCUUCAGUCACAGCUCAUCCCUUAUUAAACAUCAGAUAAUCCACACAGGAAAGUAAUGCUAUAACUACCUCAACUAUGGGAAAAACUUCAGAGUUCAAAUUUCACUAAUCACUGGAGAAUCAACAUGGGAGGAGACACUGCAAAUGCAGUGAGUGUGGGAAAUGAUUCAGUCAAAGCUCACAGCUUCUAUUCCUAUCAAAGAACCCAUACAAAAAAGAGACCCUAGGAAUGCCCCUAGUGCAGGAAAAGCUUCAGAGAGGUCAACCCUUAUUAUUCACCAAAGAAUCUCAUGGGGGAGAAACUC